AUGGCACCCCAGCCUUCAAUCGUCAUCGUUCCUGGUUCUUUUUCCUUUGCUUCAAUGUAUUAUGGCUUGGUCAACAAGAUCCAAGAACAUGGCUACGAAGUAUUCGUGAACAACCUGCCAUCAGCCAGCCGCAAUCCACCCGAAGAACCGGCCAGUAUGAACGAUGAUGCCGUCUUCUUCCGAGGCAUUAUUGAGAAUCUUGCAAAUCAAGGCAAAGAUGUUCUCGUGAUGACGCACUCGUACGGAGGAUUGGUAGGGACAGAAGCAGUCAAGGGAGUCGGCAAGGCUGAGAGGCAGGCAAAAGGACACGAUGGAGGGGUCGUCCGACUUGUAUACCUGACUUCCUCCGUGCUAGCAGAAGGGGCCUCAACAAAGACUGAACGUGGAGAUCCUCCGCCCGAAUUGGUAGAAAUGGGCAAGGACGGCUUCAUGAAGAUUGUGGGCGUAGAGGCUGUCGCCCAAGGAACAUUUCCGGACCUGGAGCUCGACAAGGCCGUUGAAAUUGUGAAAAUGAUGCCCAAACAUUCAGCGCUCAGUUUCGAAGGGCAGUUGACCUACCCGGCUUACAAAUACAUUCCGGCUUCAUAUAUUUUCUGCGAGAACGACUUUAUCAUUCCCCCAGAUAAACAACGAGAGUAUAUCGAACGGAUCAAAAGAGAGAGUGGAAAGGAUGUUGAUGUUCACACACUGAGUACGGGGCACGGUCCUAACGUUACAGCUCCGGGGGUUCUGGCAAAUGUCAUUGUCGAUAUAGCAGCUAAAUCUUCCGCGCAAGCAGCUUGCAAUAUUGAACAAGGCUAA